UAUGACAUUACUUUUCUUUGUCUACAGAGUAGGUACAUUUUAUAGUCUCUGUUUGUCUACGAACGAAAUAAACCAACCUAAACUAAUCCAUUAUAUUGAGAUUGUUCUGUCUGUGAUUUGAUUUUAUUGUUAAGCUUUUAUCCAAAGUAUCAAUUUCAUUGAUUAUAAUAAAAAUGGGAGGUCCCAUGGAAAGGAUUCAAGUUCUUGACGAUAUCGAAAAGGAUAUUUUAACCUGUCUUCAGUGUGCUGCUCAAACAUUAUUAGAACUCAGCAAAGAAAAAUCUGGACAAAAACAAGCAGAGACAAACACAUCACAAUUUUUGAGAACUUUAAAUCAAGUAGAAUCAAAACUUAGUGAUCAAAUAAACUAUUUGACACAAGUGUCUACUGGCCAGCCACAUGAAGGAUCAGGAUAUGCUUCUCAGAAGGUUUUGCAGAUGGCUUGGCAUAGACUAGAGCAUGUGCGAUCUUGGGUCAAUGAACUAGAUCGUCUGAAAGCAUCACACUUAGCUGCUGCAAAUAGAUCCAUAUCAGGUGCAAUACCUAAUGGCAAUAUGACAUCAUCUGGAACUAGUACCUGAUAUAGCUGUUACACACUUUAGUUGAAAUAUAGACAGUGCCCCAAGUUGCAGUCUUAUUAUAUUGUAACAUGAUAAGUGAAUUUCAGUGAUUUCAACUAUAUAUCAUUUAUAUAAAUAGGGUUGUAGCUAUAUGCUAAUGUGCUGAUGUUUUAAAGAACAAUUUUAAAUUUCAUAAGUAGAUAAUAAGCUAAAGUUAUUCAAUAUCUUAUAAUCUAAAAAAUUUAAUUUACCAAUAAAUCCUGAUUAGAAAGAGA